UAAUAUACCUUUGUUCUUUAACCCUUAGAGUGCUAUGGACGCAUAUAUGCGUCUGGCGAAAGCUAUCGGUGUGGACUAAGGACACAUAUAUGCAUUUUUUGUAAGUGUCCGGCAUGGACUAAGGACGCAUAUAUGCGUUUGUCAAUUUUUCCGAACACCUACGCAGAAGUAAUACUAUUACGUUUGUGUGAGAUAAAUAUAAAUACAUUUCUUAGUAACGGCAGUAAACAAAUGCCAAUAAUGCCUCGUUAUAACAGUUGUCUAGUUCCGUACCGGACAACGACCAAGGACACCCAGAAAAUCCGCGGCAUAAAGACAAUUUAUAACAACUUUCAAGAACCUCAGAGGCUCGUCACAUACCGGAGAGUCCAAGAUAAUGCCCUAUAUAAUCUAUAUUCACGAUAGUGCCCUAUAUAAUCUAUUUGAUUAUCUUUUACUUGUGACACUCUUCAAAAUGGCAAGUAAUAUUGAAGAAUAUUUUACAAGAGACGACAGCGAAAUAGAAAAUUACGAUUCAGGCGAUUUGAUGAAUGAUGUGUACCAGUUUGAUCCACCAUCAUCAGACAGUGAAGAAUCGAUCGAUCAAAGAAUAAAUAGAAAACGGCCUAGAACACUAAGUACAUCUUCAGAAGAGAAAAGUUCAGAAGUACCUGCAAAUAUCGAGACCUCUUACCAAACAGGAAUAUUAUUGUGAUCAAAAACGAAUUUAAUGCCUAAACUACAUAUCUUUGACGAACAAAAUGCAGGAGUGAAAGAAAAUCUGAACCCAGAAUCAACACCUUUAGACGCCUUUCAAAUGAUAUUUUCGGAAGAAUUAGUCGCUCAAAUUACCGAGCAGGCAAACAAUUAUUUCAAAUGCGUACAACAGUGUACAGCAUAUAAAAAGAAUUCCCUUUUGACGAAUUGGAAGGAUGUUUCAGUCCCUGAAGUGUACGUAUUUUUAUGCAUUUCAAUGCUAAUGCCGCGUUCGAAGAAACUGUCUUUGAGAGAAUAUCGGUCUACGGACGAACUGUUGAAAGGCAAUAUUUUCCGCAAAAUAAUGGCACGAGAUCGAUACGUGGUAUUAUUACAAAUAUUGCACUUUAACUUACAAAUAUUGCACUUUAGCGACCAGUAAUCGAUAAAUUAAAGAUUUCUUUUUCGCAAUCAUUUGUACUUUACGAAAAUCUAUGCGUCGACGAAAGUCUAUUGCUGUACAAGGGCAGAUGUUAUUUUAAACAGUUUAUACCAUCCAAGAGAAGUAGGUUCGGCAUUAAAUUAUUUCUCCUUAGUGACUGUAAAACUAAUUAUGUAUUGGACUUCAUAAUUUAUACUGGACAAAAAACAAACAUUAGUAGAAGUAACACAGCCAUUGGAAUUUCUGGAGAUGUGAUGACGCUGCUUCAGCCAUAUCUUGGAAAGGGCCAUACACUAAUUACGGAUAAUUGGUACAUGAGUCCACAUUUAUAUACCUUAUUACAUGAAAACAAAACCAACGCAUUUGGAACCAUUCGUAAAAAUAGGAGAGAUAUGCCCCACAUGGAAGAAAAGUUAAAGAGAGGAGAAAUGUGCUACAGAUCGACUGGUAUUUUAUUGGCAAUGAAAUUGCAUGAUAAAAAGGAGGUUUGGAUGUUGUCUUCUGCACAUGCAGCUGCAUUGAUUGAAUCUGAGAAAAGAGAUUAUCGUACAGGAUUAUAUAAGAAGAAACCAUCAUGUAUUGCCGACUAUAAUUCCAACAUGGAUGCUGUAGAUAGAGUUGAUAUGAUUUUGAGUACACUUAAUUCCCUAUGGGAAACUAUAAAGUGGUACAAAAAAUUAUUUUUCCACUUGUUAGAUUUAGCUAUAUAUAAUACAUAUAUUUUAUAUCAAAAAUCUACUGCUUCGAAACAAAAAUUUAGUGAAUUUCAUUUAGCGUUGAUAAGAGAUUUUACGAAAAUAUUUCCAACGUAGAAGCAUGGUAAGAGGAAGGAAGAGAAAGUCUGAGGAUUUACCAUUUCGUUUAACUGAUAGGCAUUUUCCAUCAAAAUGCCCUAAUCAUGCGAGCACAGCACAAUUAUCAAGAAGAAAAUGUCUUGUUUGUGUGAAAAAUAAGAGAAGGAGUGACACGCAAUACAAAUGCAGAAAAUGCGAUGUCGGAUUAUAUAUUGAUAAUUGUUUUGCAAUUUUUCACACAC